UAUUUUUUGUACACACAACACACUAGUUGUUUAUUUUGUUAUUUUUUUCUGCAUUUAUUAAUUUAAAUACAGAGCACAACAUGGGCUCCCGAACCAUUCCCCAGGUUGACAUGCUGGGUGUGUCAAAGAGUUUACGUAUACAGCGCAAGCCGAUCUUGAAAUUCGUGCCGCCCAUUGGCCUUUCGUGCGUCAACUACAGGGUUAUGGAGGAACUUGAUUAUUUCUACUUGGCUUGCCAACAAUACAGGGAUUACUAUCGUGAUCCGUUUAAUAAGAUGCAGCGGCCGAGUCUAUUUGCCCAAUAUCACGGAAUUUGUGGCAUCAAGCCAGAUCGCAAUUAUGAGGCUUUAAUUGGACCCGGCUAUUGGGUUAAAGAACGCCAGCCGGUGGUGUAUCCGGAGAAAUGUAGUCAACGCAUGAAUCUGGACGGAAGCAUAAGCAUAGAUGCCCACUUCUCAAGGAAUUCGUCCACGGUGUUCAAACGUUAACUGCACCAUUAUCAUUAUUUUGUUACUCUAAAUAUUUUCGAUGCUAAAUUUUUUGGGCACUUUCAGUAUAUAAUAGUAAAAAUCAAGCUUUUGGCCAUUA